AACAGAACAGUGACUGGAUGCAAGCAAUGGGAAAUUAGAGAGAAAUUUCAGUCUUUUUUCUUUGCUCUUUUCCUUCCUUUAUUUGGCUCUGGAAUUUUAUUAUUAUUUUUUAACAACCCCCAGAAAAUGAACAGUGAAGAAGCGAAGAGAAGCAUCAGCGGAGCUCUAACGGUGAAGCCGGCAACCGAUGAACGGAAGCCUGCUCCGGCGCUUACCGCCGAAUCGACUACUUUAGCUGCCAAGAAAGUCGUCAUUAAAAGCGCUGACAUGAAAGACGACAUGCAAAAGGAAGCUGUCAAUAUUGCCAUCGCUGCAUUUGAGAAGAACAAUGUAGAAAAAGAUGUAGCCGAGCAUAUAAAGAAGGAAUUCGAUAAGAGACAUGGACCCACUUGGCAUUGCAUCGUUGGUCGCAAUUUUGGCUCGUACGUUACUCACGAGACGAACCACUUUGUUUAUUUUUACUUAGACCAGAAAGCGGUUUUGCUUUUCAAAUCUGGUUAAUCAUGUUUGUUAUAACGAUGAAGAGUGGUGAAUGAUGAUGUUGAGAUCGAGAGGCUUUUACUUGUGCCGGCUACGGUUAGCAAUUGUCCGAAUGAAAUGAAGCAUGCGUGUAUUGUUUGUGAAUCCUCUGUCCUAGACUUGUUGUGCCUAACUUGUAUAUCUUAUUACACCUGAACCCUGGUCUGAACCAAGGAUGUCAAUUACAGCCUUUUGGUUGCCGGUUCUUCGGUCUUUCUCUUUAAUAAUUUUCAAUUAUAGUUUCCUGAUUGCA